GGCCGCCUUGAGCCCUUGACUCGUUUUCUAGUUCCUUCUUUCCUCCUAUAUAAUCAAGUUCGCAUCUCUUUCAGUUUCAGAUCUAUAGUCAAACCUCUUCUUCUCUGCUCCUGCUCAAAGCAAACGUCUUCCAUGGCGGAACAAUUGACGGAUGACCAGAUCGCCGAGUUCAAGGAGGCCUUCAGCCUCUUCGAUAAGGACGGGGACGGUUGCAUUACGACUAAAGAGCUUGGAACUGUGAUGCGAUCGUUGGGCCAGAAUCCUACAGAAGCAGAGCUGCAGGACAUGAUCAAUGAGGUCGACGCGGAUGGCAACGGAACUAUAGACUUUCCAGAGUUUCUUAAUCUGAUGGCUCGUAAAAUGAAGGAUACAGACUCAGAAGAGGAGCUUAGGGAGGCCUUCAGAGUGUUCGACAAGGAUCAGAAUGGUUUCAUUUCUGCUGCUGAGCUUCGUCAUGUCAUGACCAAUCUUGGAGAGAAGUUGACUGACGAGGAGGUCGAUGAAAUGAUCCGUGAAGCCGAUGUGGAUGGUGAUGGUCAAAUCAACUAUGAUGAGUUUGUUAAAGUCAUGAUGGCCAAGUGAGUGAUUUCCAAAAAUGACUUCCUUAUAAAAAUACAAAGACUAUCAUUUCAGAUAUGUAUCGUUUGGCUUAUCUUAGUUUUCAGAGUAGGCAACUCUUAUUUUCUUCGCUCUUUGAUGACUGGGACUAUUUGUGAAUUUGUAAUUCUGGUUCUCGUUUGUGCUUGAAAUUUUAUGUUAUGUUUAUUUUAGUUA